AUGGACUCUCAGAGCCUUUUCAAUGUCGAGGGGAAAGUGGUGCUGGUCACCGGUGGUGCCAAGGGUAUUGGUCGUAUGAUUUCUGAGGGCUAUGUCGCCAACGGUGCUACGAUCUAUAUCUCGUCUCGCGAUGCCAAGGCUUGUGAACAGGCAUGUAAGGAGCUCAAUGCUCUAGGAAAGGGCAAGGCCUACUCCAUUCCGGCCAACUUCUACCAGGAGGAGGAUGUCAAGAAGCUGGCUGAGGAACUGGCCAAGCGCGAAAGCAAGCUCCACGUCCUCGUUAACAACUCUGGCUCCAACUGGGGUGCGCCGUACGAUGAAUACCCGUCUGCCGCCUGGACUCGCGUCCUGACCUUGAACCUCCACCGUGUUUUCGACCUGACCAAGCUUGUGACGCCCUUGUUGGAGAAGGCGUCGAGCCCGGAGGACCCCGCCCGCAUCAUCAACAUCGGUAGUAUUGAUGGACUCCGGGUGCCUGCGCUGGAUACUUUCGCCUACAGUGCCAGCAAGGCCGGUUUGCACCACCUGAGCCGCCACCUGGCCAACCAUCUCGGUAGAAGAAACAUUACAUCCAACUCGUUGGCAUGUGGUCCUUUCGAGAGCAAGAUGAUGGCCGAGACGUUGAAGACUUUCGGUGACCAAAUCAAGAGCGGCAUCCCGCUGGGCCGGAUCGGUAGCCCGGAGGAUGUGGCUGGUGCUUGCCUGUUCUUGAGUAGCAGGGCUGGUUCGUAUGUGAACGGAGCGACCAUCCGGCUGGAUGGUGGGAGCUCUAUCAGUGCUAAGAUCUAG